CAAGGCCUCUAAAUUUAGCCUGGGUAAAGGCAGCAACGAGCGGACCGGUUGGCGACCCACUCCUGCUGAACUAUAUACUGCUUUGGACCCGCUGUUGUUCCGCCACCUGCACCACUAAUUCCUUUUUGUGUUUGUGUGUGUGUGUGUGUCUUGGUACCACUUGUGUUUUGGUGGAAGGGAAGGGGUGACUGGAUCUCUAACCCUCUAUGAGGAAUUGACAUUGCUGAGAGGAUGGCUGAUGGCAACUUAGCACAGGGACUGUUUAUCUGUGAACGGUCCACUGCUCUAAUGCAAGUCACAGCGUUGUGAUUUGCGACAGCGAGUCAGUCAGCCCGAGGCUAUGGGUCAGUCAGAGGGGCUAGAGAGCAGGGGUGGCAUAAACAGCCCUGACCCCCUGGUACGAGAGGCCUAUCUGAUGUUACAUGACUAUAUAAACUAUGUGAUUGCAGGACCCGACGGCCACAUAGGCCCACCACCUACUGCCACAGCAGCAGCCCUGCGCCAUGCUGGGGAUGAGCUGCUAGUUAGGUUCCCCAUCUUCUUCAGGCGCUGGCCACGCGUCUUCCACGAUGUGACCGAGGCCACAGCCUGCCCCAUGCUCACCGCCAUCCUGGAUGAGCACUUUGCCACCACCACCCCCGGGGGGCGCCGACGAGACCUGGCCUGGAGUGCGGUGCUGUCUGUGUAUGUGCUGGCUGGCCAGAUGGCCCUGCACUGCCACGAGAGGGGCAUGGAGGGAAUCGUGCCCCAGCUUAAGGAGUGUGUGGGGGGUUACGUGGAGAGGGUCAUCUGUCCAGAGAUUCGGGACAAGGGUGGAUGGACAGGCUUUGUGUCCCGCUUUGGGCAGAAGCAGGACUUGGAGGGCCAGGUGAAGAAGGUGUGUUGCUGGACUCUACUACUAUUGGUCACCAGUAUCCUGUCCUAUUUCCUGUGGAAACGAAUAAUAUCUUAAACAACACCCCCACCUGGUGACCACAAUCAGAUCGCUCCAAAAGUCCCCUUAUUGAAUAAAUAUUUUCCCAAAGCAUAUAUUUUCCAACUGUAUCUCAAUGUCCCACUAUUGUCUAUUUUAAACCAUUGAGGUGUGCAAUCAUGCUGGUAAAAACAUUACCCCAGUAAUAAUGUGCCAGGCAGUUAUGGGACUUUGCAUUAGACAUUGACAUAAGUUUCAGGGCUCAACAAACAUACAAUAGGCUCCCAGUAUUAACCAGCCAGCUAGUUUACAACUGAAUCAUAAUUCAGUAGAGAUAAGCUUUUCACUGUGUCAGGUGUCAGCCAAGGACAUUUGCACAACUGAAACCGAAAUGCUCUAUCCAACAGUUUUAUUUUUUUUUGCUGAAAAUGCCCCAUCCAGGCAGCCAAUUCUGAUUUUUUUCCCCCUACAUCAGAUUGCUUUCAGAGCUGAUCUGAUUGGUCAAGCGACCAAUUAGUGAAAGAAAAAGACCAGAUAUAGGCUGCUUGUGCAAACGCAGACUUGUUUGUCAAGUUCAACCCAUGUCAUACAUAAAUGGUGAAUGGACAGGCAUAUUCUAA